UCCUCGGACCCGUCGCAGCCGGAUCCUCGAGCUCCGCUUCUUCUUCUUCUUCUUUGUGUUUUUUUCUCUUUUGCACCGAAAGUGUAGAAACAAACUUCCUCUCUCUUUUUCCAGCCUCGACCACCAUGAACGGGAAGUCUUCUUCUCACGGCGCCGCGGGGGGGGGCAUGGCCUGCAUCGACGGGCUGCCGCCGCUGCCCAAGAGCCUGAGCGGCUUGCUGAACUCCAGCGGCGGCUCCUGGAGGGACAUGGAGCGGAUGUACGUGAAGAAGACGAUGAUCCAGGACGACCUGAGCCGGAACCGGAACCACGGGGACAGCCUGCGGGCCCACAAGCCGCAGAACCUGGACGCGGCGCUGGCGCUGCUGCGGAAGGAGAUGGUGGGUCUCCGGCAGCAGGACAUGUCCCUGCUGUGCCAGCUGUGGUCGCUGCACGAGUCCAUCCAGGAGUACAAGGGCAGCUGCCAGGACCUGAGCGCCGCCUCCAGCCUCAGCCUGAUGGAGAACGGCUACUUCGACGAGGACGACGAGUAUUACCCGGAGACGGGCGCCACCCCCACCGGGGAGCAGCCGGACGGGGGGGUCGGAGACGGCACGGCGGCGAAGAACGGGAGCGGCAUCGGCAAAGACGACAGCUGGGACUCGUUUCACGUCACCAUCUGAGGCCUGGGUUCUCAGCGUCUCUCUGCAGAUGGAAAGACACUUCGGGGGAAACGGACUGAGUGAAGCUGGAGGAGAAGUGGAGCGGCUCUAGAAGAAAAGCUGUUGGCCGUGGAGAAGGGAGCGAUGGUCAGAGACGUGGUGUCUCUUCACCGGAGCAGACUGUAAAUACAAAGCACCAGCUCCAGUUCUCCGGGGGAAACGUUCACCUGCCGAACCUCUGAAACACUCAGGAGUCCAGAUGGAUUGUUUUCAAAGACUUUGCAUUCUCAAAAUUAGGCAAAACACAUAUAUAUAUAUAUAUAUAUGACGUAUUACCUUUUUAUAAUCGGCUCUGCUGCUGCUUCUGUAUCCACAAGCCAGGCUCCCUUUUUGGCAGAACAUUUUUUUUUUUUUUUUU